AUGGCUUCCGCCCUCGGAGCCCAGGUGGCUGCCGUGGCGCCGAUUGGUUCGGAUGGUCGCCACUACAGGAGUUGUUCUUCGCUCAAGGGUAAUAACUCCCGCAAUAAGUCAUGGACUGGAAAAUUAGCAUGGGAAAACAAGACCCUGCAACCAAGACAUACGAAGAAGGUCUUUUGUAUGUCCGUGCAACAAGCAAGCAAAAGUAAAUGUAAAGUUGCUAUUAAACCUCUGGAACUGGAGAAUACAAAGGAGCCACCCCUCAACUUGUACAAACCAAAGGGACCCUACACAGCCUCAAUUGUCUCCGUUGAGAGAAUUGUAGGUCCUAAAGCUCCUGGUGAAACAUGUCACAUUGUCAUUGACCAUGGUGGUAAUGUCCCAUACUGGGAAGGACAAAGUUAUGGUGUCAUUCCUCCAGGAGAGAACCCAAAGAAACCUGGGGCCCCAAAUACCGUCCGACUCUAUUCUAUUGCGUCUACUAGGUAUGGCGAUUCUUUUGAUGGAAGGACUGCUAGUCUUUGUGUGCGCCGUGCUGUUUAUUAUGAUCCUGAAACUGGAAAAGAAGAUCCUUCAAAGAAGGGUAUCUGCAGUAACUUCUUGUGUGACUCAAAACCAGGUGACAAAAUUCAGAUCACAGGCCCCUCAGGCAAAAUAAUGCUUCUGCCUGAGGAUGACCCAAACGCAACUCAUAUCAUGAUUGGAACUGGCACGGGUGUUGCUCCUUUCCGUGGCUACCUACGUCGUAUGUUCAUGGAAGAUGUCCCAUCUUUCAAGUUUGGUGGUCUGGCUUGGCUCUUUCUUGGUGUUGCCAAUACUGACAGCCUGCUCUAUGACGAAGAGUUCACAAACUACCUUCAGCAGUAUCCAGAAAAUUUCAGGUAUGACAAAGCACUAAGCCGGGAGCAGAAAAACAAGAGCGGUGGCAAGAUGUAUGUGCAGGACAGGAUCGAGGAGUACAGUGAUGAAAUCUUCAAGCUUUUGGAUGAUGGUGCACACAUCUACUUCUGUGGUUUGAAGGGGAUGAUGCUAGGGAUUCAGGACACACUCAAGAGAGUAGCUGAGCAAAGAGGUGAGAGUUGGGAUCAGAAGCUGUCACAGCUGAAAAAGAACAAGCAAUGGCACGUCGAGGUUUACUAG